AUGCCGUCGCGAACCCUUCCAACCUUCACCCGUGCCGAGGUCGAAGCACACAACUCCAAGACUUCCUGCUACGUCUCCAUUGGCAACAAGGUCUACGAUGUGACCGAUUUCGCCGAUGAUCACCCCGGCGGCGCUGAUCUUGUCCUCGACUACGCCGGCCGCGAUAUCGAAGAGAUCCUCAAGGAUCCUGAUUCCCACGAGCACUCCGAAGCCGCAUACGACGUCCUCGAUGACUCUUUGGUCGGCUUCCUCAUUUCCGAAAAGUCCGCCAAUGGUCAUGCUAAUGGCCAUGCCAAUGGAAAUGCCAAUGGCAAUGGAGUUGCCAAGGUGGCCAACGGCGAUGCCACGACCAACGGCGAGCCUUACGUCCACCCUCGAACCGGAAUGUCCUGCGCCGAGGACUUGAGCAAGGAUACGGAUUUCGACAACGACUACAAGAGGCACAAGUUCCUUGAUCUGAGCAGGCCCCUCUUCCCUCAGAUUUGGUUCGGUGGCUUCUCCAAGGAGUUCUACCUUGACCAGGUUCAUCGCCCUCGCCACUACAAGGGCGGCCAGUCUGCGCCUCUGUUCGGAAACUUCCUCGAGCCUCUCUCCAAGACCCCUUGGUGGGUGAUUCCCACCGUCUGGGGACCUUGCGUCGUGUAUGCCGUCUACAUGGCUUCCCAGGGCUAUGACAACCAGCUCUACACUGCUGGGUACUUUGCCUUUGGAUUCUGGUUCUGGUCUAUUAUCGAAUACGUCCUGCACCGAUUCCUGUUCCACCUCGACUACUAUCUGCCCGACAACCGUGUGGGCAUUACGCUGCACUUCUUGCUCCAUGGCAUUCAUCACUAUCUCCCCAUGGACAAGUAUCGUCUCGUCAUGCCUCCCACGCUCUUUGUAGUCUUGGCUUACCCUUUCUGGCAUUUCGCACAUGCCGUCUUUGCGUACAGCUGGCAUGCCGCUACCGGAGCCUUUGCCGGUGGUCUCUUUGGCUACAUCUGCUACGAUUUGACACACUACUUCCUUCACCACCAGAACCUGCCUCUUUGGUACAAGGAACUCAAGAAGUACCAUCUUGCUCAUCACUUCCUCGACUACGAGCUCGGUUUCGGCGUCACGAGCAAGUUCUGGGACUCCAUUUUUGGCACUGAGCUCAUCUACAACGUCAAAAAGACAAACUAA